UUUUAACAGAUAUGAAAUUGUGACAUGGCGAAACAGAAGAAACGUGCGGCCCCCUCGGCCUCGCCUCAGGAGCUGCUUCUCCUAACCGUCUCUGACAUCAUCAAAGAGCUGAUCAGUGCUCACAAAUCCAAGAAAGAUGUUAAUCUAAACAAGCUGAAAUGUCGGAUCGCCAGUAAACAUGGCUGUCCCGCUCAGCCUAGGCUGGUGGAUAUCAUCUCCGCAGUUCCACAAGAGUACAGGAAAAUAUUACUCCCGAAACUGAGAGCUAAGCCUGUUAGGACAGCAUCUGGGAUAGCUGUUGUUGCGGUCAUGUGCAAACCACAUCGGUGCCCUCACAUCACUUUUACUGGUAACAUCUGUGUGUACUGUCCCGGAGGUCCUGACUCAGACUUUGAGUACAGCACCCAGUCCUACACCGGCUACGAACCCACGUCAAUGCGCGCAAUCCGCGCACGGUACAAUCCCUACCUGCAGACACGGCACCGAGUGGAGCAGCUGAAACAGUUGGGACACAGUGUGGACAAGGUGGAGUUUAUUGUGAUGGGAGGGACUUUCAUGUCCCUGCCGGACACUUACAGAGACUACUUUAUCAGGAAUUUACACGACGCCCUGUCCGGUCACACCUCGUCCAACGUGGCAGAAGCGGUGAAGUUCUCUGAGAAGAGUAACACGAAGUGUAUCGGGAUAACGAUAGAGACCAGGCCGGAUUACUGUUUGAAGAAGCAUCUGAGCAGCAUGUUGUCGUAUGGGUGCACCAGACUGGAGAUUGGUGUGCAGAGUGUGUACGAAGAUGUAGCUAGAGAUACUAAUAGAGGUCACACAGCCCGAGCAAGUUGCGAGUCAUUCCACAUGUCUAAAGAUGCCGGGUUUAAAGUGGUUACCCACAUGAUGCCGGAUCUUCCUAACGUUGGUUUUGAACGUGACAUCGAGCAGUUCAAGGAGAUAUUUGAGAACCCUCUCUUUAGACCGGACGGACUGAAGAUCUACCCUACUCUAGUGAUCAGAGGAACAGGACUGUAUGAGCUGUGGAAAACAGGGAGAUACAGGAGUUAUCCACCUCACUUGUUGAUAGAUCUAGUGGCCAGGAUCCUGGCGCUGGUUCCACCGUGGACUAGGGUUUACAGGGUACAGAGAGACAUUCCCAUGCCUUUAGUCAGCUCCGGGGUAGAACACGGUAACUUAAGAGAACUGGCCCUGGCUCGUAUGAAGGACCUGGGAACCACGUGCCGUGACGUUAGAACACGUGAGGUGGGGAUCCAGGAGAUCCACAAUAAAGUGAGGCCGUAUCAGGUGGAACUGAUCAGAAGGGACUAUGUUGCUAACGGUGGCUGGGAGACUUUCUUGUCGUAUGAAGAUCCAGAACAAGACAUUUUGAUAGGACUCCUGCGACUCCGUAAGGUGUCGUCAGUUGCGUUCCGUCCUGAGUUAGUGGACCGCGCGUCAGUGGUUCGGGAACUACACGUGUACGGUAGUGUUGUGCCAGUGUCUGGGAGGGACCCUCGUAAGUUCCAACACCAAGGUUUUGGUACACUGCUGAUGGAGGAAGCGGAGCGCAUUGCACGUGAAGAACACGGUUCUGUUAAACUAGCGGUCAUCAGUGGUGUAGGGACCAGGGGGUACUACAGGAAGCUAGGAUACGAGCUAGAUGGACCUUACAUGAGCAAAUCUCUGGUAGAAACCUGAAGGUGAACAUUCCUCCGUGAGGUGAUUUCUUUAAACCGGUCAGAUUGUGACCCUUCAUUUUGAGUUUGAAAUUUUUAUAGUUUUAUUCGGACUGCACAGCUUUUGAGUCCAGAAUGUAUAAAGACGGGCAGUUAUUUAUUCUGUUAAUGUUCUGUGAUUGAAGUGAUUUUUAUGUAAUUAAAAGAUAAUAUGUACGUGUUUGUUAAGUUAUUGAUAAUUAUUCUUUUAAACAAAUCUUUGUUCGAUGUUCAUGUUGUGCAAUCAAGAUAACUAAACCUUCCAUCUCACAACAAGCUUGAUUUAAUUGUUUUGUAGUUAAGUGACAUUCAAUUAACAAUUAAUUAAUUAACCUGUCUUAACGCUUAGAGUCAUAAUUAGAUAAUUAAAUCCCAUAACUAACCAUCAAUUUUUAAUGUAAUUAAAUUUGAGGACAUCACAGAUAAUUGAUAUUUCGCUCCAGGAAUGUGGAUUAAUGUGCGUACAUUCUGCGGCACAAAAUCAGAAAGAUUCGAUGGACUAAGCAAGCUGACCACAAUCGACAUCUCCGUCAGAAAAUCCAAGAAAAAUUCGACGUCUCCCCUCUUCAACAAAAACUGUUCUACCGUGGGAAACUUCUAGUGGACCAGCACACUUUAUUUGAUUAUGACGUAGCCAUCAACGACACAAUCCAGCUAAUGAUAGUGAAGACUACAGCGGAACAGCCCGACACAGAUACCACCACCGACACGAACACCACAGAAACAGUGUCAGAAGAUUGUUCCGGAUUGUUUGCUCCAGGAGAGGAAGUUGACGUGUUGGACACAGAAACGGGGGCGUGGUUCGAGGGGGUUGUUAAGAAGUGCUACAGAGAAACUAGGAACACAGACUCUGGAACAGUUGAGCAGGUGUACUAUGUGAUACGGUUAGAUGGGUACGAGGAAUGUGAUAACAUGAAUGUUAAACCUGUUGAGAUAAGACCACGUGCACACUACGUUUACCCUCUGUCUGAACUCAAACCAGAUAUGAAGUGUAUGGUGAACUUUAAUCUGGAUAACCCGGAAGAGAGGGGGUUCUGGUACGAUGGGGAGAUCAGGAGUGUUGUGAAGAAAAGAGGAAAGUACAGUGUCACUGCCAGGGUUAUAUUGGGAUCUGUUCCUACUGAUGUCGACCUCACUUUCGUAGAUGAUAUCUUCAGGAUAGAGAUACGAGAAGAGAAGGAUGUGUUGGAAACAGUGAUCACCAACAUUGCUAAACGGCAGUCUGCACCACAAUGCACACACUGUGGAGAUAACAAGAAGCGGAAGUGUAAGUAUUGUGCGUGCAGUGUGUGCGGAAACAAGGAUAACCCAGGGCAGAUCCUCCUGUGUGAUGAGUGCGACUGUGCGUUCCAUCUCUACUGCUUAGACCCGCCCCUAGAAGCUGUUCCUGCUGAGGAAGACUGGUAUUGUAGUAAUUGUAAGAACGAUGUUAGUGAGAUCGUGCAGGCUGGAGAGGGCCUGAAAACUAAGAAGAAGUCGCGUGCUCCGACCUCUAACUCUGCUAGAGAUUGGGGUAAAGGGAUGGCAUGUCAGGGUAGAACUAAGGUAUGUACUAUAGUUCCCCAGGACCAUGUGGGACCAGUGCCUGGGAUUCUAGUAGGUUCCAUGUGGAAAUACAGACUACAAGUUUCAGAGGUAGGAAUACACCGGCCCCACGUAGCCGGGAUACAUGGUCGAGAGAACGAUGGAGCGUAUUCUAUUGUGUUAUCAGGGGGUUAUGAAGAUGAUAAGGAUUACGGGGAGGAGUUCAAAUAUACUGGCUCUGGUGGGAGGGAUCUGUCUGGGAACAAGCGCACUGCUGAGCAGAGCUGCGAUCAGAAACUCACCAAGAUGAACUUAGCGCUUGCUCGCUGUUGCGCAGCGCCGCUGGAUGUCAAGAAGGGAGCUGAGGCUUCAGAAUGGAAAAAGGGUAGGCAGAUACGUGUAGUGAGAAAUUGUAAACUUGCAAAGCAUUCCAAGUAUGCUCCUAAAGAAGGGAACAGGUACGAUGGUAUUUACAAGCUUGUCAAGUACUGGCCCGAGAAAGGACAGAGUGGGUUUUUGGUGUGGAGGUAUUUGUUGAGAAGGGACGACUCUUCCCCGGCUCCCUGGACUAAAGAGGGACAAGAUAUGACCAAGAAACACGGUCUUAAAAUUGUUUACCCCGAGGGGUACCUUGAGAAACAGGAAAACAAAGAAAACAACCCCAAAUCUAAUAACAAGAAGAGGAAAAGAAACAGUGCUGCGUUGGAAGUGUCAUCAAACAAAAAACCAAACAAUGAUAUCAGUGCUGAGCUGAAAAAUCUCCUAAAAUCAGACACAGAAAACAAGAAACAUUGGGAUGAACUUCUCUCGGAUACGUCAAACUGGCACGAUCGAGUGACUGAUAAGUUUUCUUGUAUCAUCUGCACGGACCUUGUUAAGGACCCUGUGACCACGCCUUGUUCUCACAACAUGUGUAUCAAGUGUGUGAACAGGUCUUUCAAAGCGGAGGUUUAUUCUUGUCCCAACUGUAGGUAUGAUCUCGGUAAAAGUUACUCGAUGAAAGUGAACAAGAAUCUGCAGACAGUUCUACUCGAUAUCUUUCCUGGAUAUGAUUCUGGUCGUUGAUGUAGCGAAUGUUCUAGAUGAUAAUAUUUCUCAAUCUUUUUAAAAAUUUAAUACUUUUUAAUACUAUAAUUUGGACUAGAUUUUGUAUAUAGCAAUUUGUAUUUCGUUAUUUUUCAAGGCAGUACUUUCUUACGCGUGUUAAGUUUGAUUUUUCCACGACA